AUGGCCGCGGCGCUCCGCGCUGGGCGAAUCAGCGCCGCCGAUUUCCCGCUCGCCGCGGCCAGACUCGCAGCAGCGUGGAACGCGGCGGAAGACGCGCAGUCGAUUGGCGAGGCGACUCGCAGCUCCCCCGCGGCGGCAGACGCGCGGCGGAGUGGACGAGCGGAGAGCGAAAAGGCAGCGUGGGCAGCGGCGCAAAGUGGAGGGGGUGGUUCCGCGAUAGCGCGGUAUGCGGCGGCAGACGCGGUGGGCGAACGGCAGGGAGUGGAGUGCGCUCGCUGUGAGGGGCGCGCGGAGGGCGUGAUAUGGCAGUGGGUUGCGGCGCGGGCGUCGUCUCUGGCAGUGGGAGGUGAGCGCGCCUCGAGUGAGCGAAUGCACACCUCGGGAGAGAGGAUCAUGGUCAUCAACUUCCCUAAGCUCACCCUCCCUGCCCACUCCGUCCCUUUCCCCAGACGCAUCCCUCCUUUUCAACCUCUCACGUGCCACUGCCAUCGCAUCUCCCCGCCUCACCCUGUCGUCUCAUCCACCCUCCCUCCCUCCCUCCCUCCCUCCCUCCUUCCCUCCCUCCCUCCCUCCCUCCCUCCCUCCCUCCCUCCCUCCUUCCCUCCCUCCCUCCCUCCCUCCCUCCCUCCCUCCCUCCCACCCACCUACCGCCCUGUGCCAGGCGGCUACCUCACCACGCUCCACCCGCUGCUGCUGCACCGCACACGCACUCCCCACCACCACACCCAGCAGCACAGCCAGCAGCAGGGGUGCUGCUGCGAUGGCGGCUGCAAGGAGGAAGCGAGAAGCCACGACGCGCUGCCUGCUGCGUGCACUGCUCACCACCACCCACCUCUUCUCUUCACUCUCCCGGUUGACCCGGUUGACCCGGUUGACCCGGUUGACUGGGUUGAUGCGGUUGACUUGAGUGGCGAGGAGGCGCACGACCCUGCCACUCUGCACUGCUGCGCACAUCCCCGCCACAACACAGCGCCGCCAGGAGCAGAUGCAGGAGCAGCAGUAGUUGCAGAGGCGUCAACCCCAUUACAGUCACGGCUGCAUGCACCCUUGCCAGCAGCAGCACAGGCAGAACGGCACACAGCCGGACCAAGAGAACUGGACGCUGUGUUGAGAGAUGAGAGCCGGGUGUCUGGCAAAGCAGCAUGUGGAACGAGGAGUGUUCAGCAUUCAUGGGACGUGGCUUUGAGUGACGUGGCAUCAAGUGACACGGUGGCAUUGGUGCAUUGCCACGUGGUGUUUGAUGCUGUCUUCUCCGUGCCACAACUGCUGCUCCUGCCAUGCUGCCCAGACGGCCGCCCCCUGCCCUGGCAGGACCUCUUUGCCUUCCUGCCUCGCCUCCCCGACCACCCCUUGCUGCCCUCACCCCUGCCCUCCGCCCCUCUUCCGCCCACCGCACAUGACCCCUCUCUGGACACCUGGCACCUGCUCACGCCCCUGGUACGCCCCCACCCACAAGUUCCAUCGCUCAUGCUCUCACCACCAACCCGCACCUGCCAUGACUUGCCGUGCCCCAAGCACCAUGCAUGGACCAUUGGCUGUGGCCCGCACUCGAAGCUGUGCUGCACUGCAUGCAUGCCUUCCCUUCGCCUCUCCUCACUCAUUCACUCGUCAUUGUUGGACGCACAGCGUUGCUCGCUGCCCAUUUCCAAGGCUUUGAUCUGCCACGUGAUUGCCCUCACUGCACUUCCAUUGCACUGUGCACUGUGUGCUGCCCUCCCCAUGCUGCCCUCCCCAUGCCACCCUCCCCAUGCCACCCUCCCCAUGCCACCUUCCCCAUGCCACCCUCCCCAUGCCACCCUCCCUAUGCCACCCUCCCCAUGCCACCCUCCCCAUGCCACCCUCCCCAUGCCACCCUCCCCAUGCCACCCUCCCCAUGCCACCCUCCCCAUGCCACCCUCCCCAUGCCACCCUCCCCAUGCCACCCUCCCCAUGCCACCCUCCCCAUGCCACCCUUACCCUCCCCAUGCCACCCUCCCCAUGCCACCCUCCCCAUGCCACCCUCCCCAUGCCACCCUCCCCAUGCCACCCUCCCCAUGCCACCCUCCCCAUGCCACCCUCCCCAUGCCACCCUUCCCAUGCCACCCUCCCCAUGCCACCCUCCCCAUGCCACCCUCCCCAUGCCACCCUCCCCAUGCCACCCUCCCCAUGCCACCCUCCCCAUGCCACCCUCCCCAUGCCACCCUCCCCAUGCCACCCUUCCCAUGCCACCCUCCCCAUGCCACCCUCCCCAUGCCACCCUCCCCAUGCCACCCUCCCCAUGCCACCCUCCCCAUGCCACCCUCCCCAUGCCACCCUCUCCGUGCUGCCAGGAGCAUCCCUUCCUGGGCCGGCCCUGCAUGGCCCUUCACCCCUGCAACACUCCCGCAGCCAUGGCGCUCCUGCUGCACGCUGCUGCUACAGCUGAUGCUGCUGCUGCUGCAGGCAGCAACACAUAGUGGUACCGCUGUGGACGGGGACAAGCAGGCAGACGUGUGGGUGCAAGUUGGGCACAGGGGUGGGCAUGGCAUGUCAUGCCUCAACGAGCACUAUGCACUGCCCAUGCACUGCUUCUGA